GUAAAGCCUAACACCACGAUGUUUUAUACUGAGCUGUUGUCAAGCCAACCAUAAUGGAGUUCAGAAGCCAACUAUCGCCAAGCCUAUCAUGAUGAUGGAUUGUUUUGAGCUUUUCUUAAGUUGUCUGCGCUCUUCCCUAUAAAUACGUUCAGAAAAGAGUUACUGUUAAGUCUGUUGUCAAGCUUGUCUCCCAAUGUCGUUCAAUCAAGCCUGACAAUGAGUGUCGUGAGCUGUUGUCAAGUCUACUAUAAUACUGUUGAGAAGCGAACUGUCACCAAGCCUACGGCUCGUAGCAAGCUACUGUUAUAAAUAACACAAUAACGUCAUGUAGUGAGCUGCUGUCAACCCAAUAGUGGCCUAUCACAAUAACGUCCGUAAUUGAGCGGCAGACAAGCCUAACCCCAUGUGAUCGUUUUUCGCAGCGAAACGUAGGCACACAAAAUAAUGUCUAGUCACGAACUGACCGUUAUCAUAUGUUGCACAAAGACGUUUCAGUCGCACGCAAUGUCUUUGCAAAGAAGCAAUCGUCCUAAUCAUGUCUUACGACAUGCCGUUAAACAUGGUUAAUAAUAUAGGAGCAGAAUGAUAAAAAUGACGAACGUCUCUUUAAUUCACACUGUUUGACAAACCUAAUAUAUACUAAUAGUGUUCAUAUUCUAUAAUGUAUAGUACAUGUAUGUCUUAGCCAAAUGAUCGCAAAACUUUAAUGUGAAUGAACAAACAACUUUGUAUAAAAACGUAUUAAUUGCAUUUAAUUUUAGUUAACAUAAAACAUCUGUGAAAAGGAGGGACAGCGUGCGUACAGGCAUGGGUGUUUCUGGUACUUCAACAAAUAACUGAACUGUAUACAUUUGUAAUAUCAUUGUAAAGGCAGUAAUAAGAUGACUGUGUUAACAUGUUCAUCUAGGCAAAGUAACAUUCUGAAUUUAAAAGCUUAUCAAGUGUUAUAUUAAAUCUCUAUAUCAGUGGAAACAUUUCAACGUUUCUAUGCACAUCUCUAAUACUGGUAUCAAGUAUUGCAUAUAUAAUUAAAUGCAAGGUGGUUUAUGUGCUACUUGUUUGUCGCACUAUCGAAAUAGGUGAAAAAUUGUUGUCUGAGUUUACAGUGUUAAAAUUUAUGUAUAAUGAAAGAUGGCUGCAAAUAAAAGACUGAUUUAUUUUCUUGGAUUUUUAGUUGUUGUAUUACCAGUAAUCGUUGGAAUAUUAGUAUGGCAGUUACUUCCAGACUGUGAUGCAGAUGAUAAAAAAGGCGGGAAUAAGGAUGAAAUCAAGGGCACCCCGCAGACAACAGCUCAACCACGUAAUAAAGGUACCACAGAAAAGGGCACCCCGCAGACAACAGCUCUGCCACUUAAUAAAGGUACCACAGAAGAGCCAUUCGAGGACGGUCCUUGGAAAAACCUGCGGUUACCGAAAACAGUCGUGCCGAUUCAUUACGAAGUAACUCUUUUUCCCGACUUUUACGAAGACCAUGAAACAUUUUAUGGAAACAUUACGACGGAACUUUAUGUUCAGACAACCACGAACAUUGUCAUGGUGCAUAUCAAAUAUCUGAAUAUAUCACAAACCAAUAUAUCCACGGACAUUGGUCGCACAGACAGUAUACCAAUCAAGAGGACAUUUGAAUAUGGACCACAUGAGUUCUGGGUGGUAGAAACUGAAACUCCUCUAAAGUUUAACACGACAGUGUACCUGCAUAUGACAUUCAGCGGAUCACUAACGCGUUCUAUAGUCGGCUUCUAUAAAAGCUCGUACAUCAACUCAGAUACUAACAAAUCCAGUUCUAUUGCAACAACCAAGUUUGAGCCAGUGGCAGCACGUCGAGCAUUCCCUUGUUUUGACGAACCUAACAUCAAGGCAGAAUACACAGUCCACCUUGUACACCGACCCACAUUUAAGGCACUGUCUAAUAUGCCUGCUAAUGAAACAGAGGUGUGGGCAGGUGAUCAGAAAAUGAGUAUCACAAGUUUCCAGCGAUCUGUCAAAAUGAGCACCUAUCUCGCCUGUUUCAUCGUCUGCGACUUUGAAUUUCUGGAGAAUACAAGUGCAAGCGGAAUUACGGUCCGUUUGUACGCGCCACCUGACCGCGUCAAUCAGACGAAGUUCGCCUUAGAUGUGGCCAUAACAGCUGUAGAUUUAUACACGAAGAUGUUCAAUGUUUCUUACCCCUUACCGAAACUAGACCUUAUUUCCAUUCCUGAUUUUGUAUCUGGAGCCAUGGAGAAUUGGGGAUUAAUAACAUUCCGGGAAACAAAUAUACUGUAUGACCCCGAGCAGUCGUCGUCUGCGAACAAACAAAGAGUUGCGACCGUGGUCGCUCACGAAGUCUCACAUCAGUGGUUCGGCAAUCUGGUGACAAUGGACUGGUGGCAAGAUCUGUGGCUUAACGAGGGAUUUGCCUCAUUCAUGGAGUAUAUCGGUGCAGCAGAACAUCAACCGGACUGGCAGAUUUUAGACUAUUUCCUGAUAGGCGACCUCCAGCCAGUGAUGGUCACUGAUGCAGGCGUUGCCUCUCACCCUAUUAUUGUGCAGGUAGAGGAUCCAGCACAGAUCAAUGCGGUCUUUGACAGUAUCUCCUAUAGCAAGGGUUGUUCAAUAAUACGAAUGUUAGAACACUGGAUGGGCAGUGACGCAUUCUUUCACGGAGUUUCAAGAUAUCUAAGGCAUUUCCAGUACCAGAACGCUCACACAGAUGAUCUAUGGACAUUCCUUGGAAACAUAUCCACUGAUCUGAGUGUGAAGACAGUAAUGGACACGUGGACAAAACAGAUGGGUUUGCCUUUUAUAAAUGUGACUGUUAAUGGAUCUAAGGUUACCUUGACACAGGAAAGAUUUCUCGCAGAUUCAUCCAUACAUUAUGAUCCAAGCGAAUCAGAAUACGGAUAUAUGUGGUAUAUUAAACUGGACUACAUGAGAAGUGAUGGACAAACUGGAAGUCGUUGGAUGAUGAAGGAACAGUCAAGGACGUUUGAUGUUGGUGCUGAUAUCGAGAAGAAUUCAUGGAUUAAAUUUAACUUAAACGAAACUGGAUUUUAUCGAGUGAAUUAUCCCGAGUUCCUUUGGAAACGACUCUCAACUGAGCUUGCCGCAGAUAAUAAUAUGCUGAGUAUUACAGACAGGGCAAACUUGCUUGAUGAUGCCUUUAAUCUUGCACGUGCUGGUCAUCUUAGUUAUGACAUAGCACUUGAUAUGACAUCCUAUCUGGAUAAAGAAAGAGAAUAUCUUCCCUGGAAAAGCACAGCGAAUGCAUUAUCAUAUCUGUCAACUAUGUUGGAAUUUACUGGCGACUUCAGUUAUCUCCAGGAAUACAAAGUAAUGAAAGUGUUACCUACAUAUAAAGAAGUUGGCUGGGUCGACACAGGGUCUCAUGUUCGGAGAUUAAUGAGAUCGACAAUUAUCUCCCUUACAUGUGGAAACGGUCACCCGGGAUGUCUCAAAGUAGCAAGACAACGGUUUAGUGACUGGCUUUCUAAUGGCACCAUUAUACCUCCAAACUUAAGGUCUGUUAUUUACACGUACGGGAUGAGAUCUGUACAAACUCCGAUCGAAUGGAUGAAGGUGUGGGAGAAAUAUAAAGCGGAGUCGGUCCCACAAGAGAGGUCGAAACUAAUGUCAGCACUUGCACAAACACCGUCAAUAUCCCUCCUAAUGAGAUAUAUUGAUUUUGCCAAGGAUGAGUCGAAUGUUCGAUCACAGGAUUACUUCACGGUGCUGACCUACAUAGCUAGAAACCCAGUAGGUCGUGGACUUGUGUGGAACUGGGUUCGAGAUAACUGGCAAUACCUUGUUAACAGGUUCACUUUAUAUUCACGGUAUUUUGGAAGACUUAUUCCGAGCGUCGUCUCAGAUUUCAACACCCAGUAUCAACUAGAAGAAGUUGAGACAUUCUUUAAAAAAUAUCCAGAAGCGGGUGCCGGGGCCAACGGAAGAAAACAGGCGUUAGAGAGUAUCAGACGGAACAUAAACUGGAUGAAACAAAACAAACACGUGGUUGUAAAAUGGCUAAAAGGGAAAAUAUAACAGAGGCCGGACUCAAUACCUACUUUUUAUAAAAUGCAUACGUUAUUUGUAGUCACAAUGUACAUACUUUAAAUGGAAAUAAAGGUAUUUAAUUGGAAAUAAAGGUGCAUUAAAUGUGGUAAUAAACAGUUGAUGUGUGAGCUAUGUCAGAUGCUUUCCUGUAUUCCACUUUCUAUUUGUUUUGUGAAACGUGUUUUACUUUUAGGUUGUAAGCUUACAAAUGUAAUAAACAUCAUGUUUAGUAGUUUCUGCGA